AUGACCAUCCGCCAUCAUGACUAUAUAUCUUACUCCCGUCAAACUCUCAUAUCAUUUAACCCGCCUGAAGCUGUUCCCCGGCAAGUAAACUUCUUGAUAGAUGAAGCUGUAUCAGUUGGAAAAGGAGCCAAUUCAACCAUUAGUUACUUGCACUAUUUCUUAGAGCAUCAUGGCUUUGGCGAAACUGAUGUGCAUUUUCACGCAGACAACUGCGGUGGGCAAAACAAGAACAAUUUCUUUUUGCGGUAUUUGUCUUGGAGAGUUGCAAAUCAUCUUCAUAGAACAAUUAUAUAUUCAUUUCUCCUAGCGGGUCACACUAAAUUUGGCCCAGAUCGUGGUUUUGGCUUGUUAAAGAAAGCAUUUAAAGCUACCUAUGUUUCGUCCUUAUACGAAUUAGGGUCAGUCGUAGAAACAUCAAGUUCCAUCGGCUUCAAUAAAGCCCAGCUUGUGGGAACACACGAUGGUAAAGUCAUUGUUCCUGUUUACGAUUGGUCUGCAUUUCUUGGUCAAUACUUCAGAAAGCUUCACAACAUCACAAAAUUCCAUCAUUUUCGUUUUGCCUUAGACGAACCGGGAAUUGUUUAUUACAAAGCCUUCGUAACUUCAGAGGAACAAAAAAUGAACUUAUUGAAAAAGGCGACCAUUUUGCCGCCGUCUGAUCUUCCGGCAAAGUUCAUGCCAAAUGGUUUAGAUGCAGAGAGGCAGAAAUACCUUUUUAAGGAAAUUAGACAGUUUUGCAAACCAGGAACUGAGGACCGUGUUGCUCCGUCUCCGGACUUAAACAUUUUACCAGAAACUUAG